AUGGUUGUGUUGGUCAACAAAAUGUUGGUGUUUGAGGGAAAAAGAUUGGUUUUAUUACUGUUCUUAGUUGGAGUAGUUUGUUGCUCUGAUGUUUGGAAGCAGUUCAGAGGUGAGCGGUUUCCCUGGAAAAAAGUCAAACCCAGAGUUCAGUCUACAUCCAGUUUCCAACUGCGAUCGCUUGAGGUGCAAAGUGUUUCUCCUUUGCAGAGUGUAAUGGUGGAGUGCGGAGACGAUAACUUAUUGGUUAAGGUCCACCUGGAUUUGUUCGGAACUCGACAUCCAAUUAAAGCAUCCGAUUUAACGCUGGGAACAGCAAGCUGCCGACCAACUGGGAUUUACCCUCGGAACCAUACUGUUGUCUUUAACUAUGGGCUCCAUGAGUGCGAUAGCGAAUUACAGAUGGUCGGAGAUUCCCUUAUCUACACAACCUACCUUAAUCACACACCCCAGGUUUAUGGAACGAUUAUUGUCCGAACUAGUGGAGCAAUUGUCCCCAUUCAAUGCCGUUAUUUCAGGAAAGGCAAUGUGAGCAGUGACUCAAUCAAGCCCACUUGGGUCCCCUUCAGCUCUACCAAGUCCAGAGAGGGGCAUCUGUCAUUUUCCCUACGGCUAAUGAAUGAUGACUGGCUUACAGAGCGCAGUUCAACUAUAUAUCAUCUGGGUGAGCUCAUUCAUAUUGAGGCUUCUGUUUCAAUGAUUAAUCAUACAGAUCUAAAGCUCUACAUUGACCACUGUGUAGCCACAUUGAGCCGAGACAAGGACUCUACCCCGAGAUACAACAUCAUUGAUCACCAUGGUUGCCUUCUGGACAGUGCGGCUGAGGACUCCUUCUCGACUUUCAUGUUGCGAGGGGAUAAACGUGAAGUGGAUAAGCUCCGCUUUGACCUGGAUGCCUUCCGCUUCUUUGGAGAUGAGCGUUCCUUGAUUUUCAUCACGUGUCACUUGAAAGUUAGUGCAGUUGAUCAGAAUGAUUCAAUGAACAAGGCUUGCACAUUCCAGAAGGUGCAGAAUAUGUAAGUAGCUUCUCAUCCCCUCCACCACCCCCACCCCCCAACUGUCAGGUUACAAAUAGGAAUGGCUUAACUAUUUUCUGGUUUAGUUGGAUGCCAUUGGAGGAUUCAAGCAUUGAUGUCUGUGCCUGUUGUGGUUUGGGCAAAUGCACUGCUGCAAGGAAAGGUCCAUUUCCCUCCAGAGGACAGAGGGAUGUUCAGCCCAAUGCUGGUAAGUCCUUCAUCCUGGAUGUGCAUGUUACUCCAGCUGCACUACUUAACCAGAAUAUUUGGUAUUACAGGGAAAGAUAAUGGAACAAAAUGGGAGGGUGAAGCCUUGCUUGGACCAAUGAUCAUUCUGGAUCCUGACAUGGCCAGCCUGGAAACUGAGCAAAUUAAUACAUUUCAGCAGCACACAUUGGAGGGAUCUCCAGAGG